CCCCGGCUUCCUGCGGAGGCCGCGGCCGCCAUGUUGUUGUGGGGCUGAGGCGGCGCCGGCGGAGCACGAGUGGCGGUGACAGGCUGCGCAACAGGUUCGCUCUCGGCGUCCUGGCUAGAGAGCGGCGGCGGCGGCGGCGGCCGAGAGGGUCUCCCGGCAUCUCCCCGCGCCGGCUCUGUUGGUGCUGAGGAGCGCGGGGUCGCGCUGUGACGUGCGAGAGGCGCUGCGAGGGCGCCAGAUGGCUGAGAGCUAGCAAGGAAAAUUCGGGACCAUGAUGGCUCAGUUUCCCACAGCUAUGAAUGGAGGGCCAAACCUGUGGGCCAUUACCUCUGAAGAACGGAAUAAGCAUGACAAGCAAUUUGAUAACCUGAAACCCUCAGGAGGUUACAUAACAGGUGAUCAAGCACGUACCUUUUUCUUACAGUCAGGCCUGCCAGCUCCUGUUUUAGCUGAAAUAUGGGCUUUAUCAGAUCUGAACAAGGAUGGGAAGAUGGAUCAGCAAGAGUUCUCCAUAGCUAUGAAACUCAUCAAACUAAAGCUUCAAGGCCAACAGUUGCCUGUGGUUCUUCCUCCUAUUAUGAAGCAAUCCCCUAUGUUUUCUCCAUUAAUUUCUGCUCGUUUUGGAAUGGGAAGCAUGCCCAAUCUGUCCGUUCCUCAGUCAUUGCCUCCAGUCGCAUCUGUAGCCACACCCUUGUCCUCUGCAACUUCAGGGACCACCCUUCCUCCCUUAAUGAUGCCUCCGCCCCUGGUGCCUUCUGUUAGCACUUCAUCAUUACCAAAUGGAACCGCCAGGUUCAUUCAGCCUUUAUCCAUUCCGUAUUCUUCUUCAACAUUGCCUCAUGCAUCAUCUUACAGUCUGAUGAUGGGAGGGUUUGGUGGUGCUAGUAUACAGAAGGCGCAGUCUUUGAUUGACUUAGGAUCUAGUAGUUCAACUUCCUCAACUGCUUCACUCUCAGGGAACUCGCCCAAGACUGGAACCUCAGAGUGGGCAGUUCCUCAGCCUUCAAGAUUAAAAUAUCGGCAAAAAUUUAAUACUCUUGACAAAAGCAUGAGUGGAUACCUCUCAGGUUUUCAAGCUAGAAAUGCCCUUCUUCAGUCAAAUCUUUCUCAAACCCAGCUAGCUACUAUUUGGACUCUGGCUGACAUUGAUGGUGACGGGCAGCUAAAAGCUGAAGAGUUUAUCCUGGCGAUGCACCUCACUGACAUGGCCAAAGCUGGACAGCCGUUACCGCUGACCUUACCUCCUGAACUUGUCCCUCCGACUUUCAGGGGAGGAAAGCAAGUUGAUUCCAUUAAUGGAACUCUGCCUUCAUAUCAGAAAAUGCAAGAAGAGGAACCUCAGAAAAAAUUACCAGUUACUUUUGAGGACAAGAGGAAAGCCAACUAUGAGCGAGGAAAUAUGGAACUGGAAAAGCGACGUCAAGCCUUGAUGGAGCAGCAACAGAGGGAGGCAGAACGUAAAGCCCAGAAAGAAAAGGAAGAGUGGGAACGAAAACAGAGAGAAUUGCAAGAACAAGAAUGGAAGAAGCAACUUGAAUUAGAAAAACGCUUGGAGAAACAAAGGGAAUUGGAGAGACAACGGGAGGAAGAAAGGAGAAAAGAGAUAGAAAGACGAGAGGCAGCAAAACAGGAACUUGAACGACAGCGUCGUUUAGAAUGGGAGAGAAUUCGCCGACAGGAGCUUCUCAACCAAAGGAAUAGAGAACAGGAAGAAAUUGUCAGGUUAAAUUCUAAAAAGAAGAGUCUACAUCUUGAGCUGGAAGCACUGAAUGGCAAACAUCAGCAGAUUUCAGGUAGACUUCAGGAUGUCCGACUCAGAAAGCAAACUCAAAAGACUGAGCUGGAAGUUCUAGAUAAGCAGUGUGACUUGGAAAUUAUGGAAAUCAAGCAACUCCAACAAGAACUUCAAGAAUAUCAAGAUAAAUUUAUUUAUUUGGUACCUGAGAAGCAAUUACUGAAUGAAAGAAUUAAAAAUAUGCAGUUUGAUAACACACCUGAUUCAGGGAUCAGUUUACUUCAUAAAAAGUCAUCAGAAAAGGAAGAGUUAUGCCAAAGACUUAAAGAACAAUUAGAUGCUCUUGAGAAAGAAACCGCAUCUAAACUAUCAGAAAUGGAUUCAUUUAACAGUCAACUAAAGUGUGGGAAUAUGGAUGACUCUGUUCUUCAGUGCCUUUUGUCUCUGCUAAGCUGUCUCAACAACCUCUUCCUCUUACUUAAGGAACUGAGAGAAAGCUACAAUACACAGCAGUUAGCCCUUGAACAACUUCAUAAGAUCAAAUGUGACAAACUGAAGGAAAUUGAAAGAAAAAGAGCAGAGCUAAUACAGAAAAAGAAGCUAGAAGAUGAGGCUGCAAGGAAAGCGAAACAAGGAAAAGAAAACUUAUGGAGAGAAAGUCUUAGAAAGGAGGAAGAAGAAAAACAAAAACGACUCCAGGAAGAAAAGUUACAUGAAAAAAUGCAAGAAGAAGAGCGGAAAGUUGAGGAGAAACAAUGUGGGACAGCUAGUGCUUUAGUGAAUUAUAGAGCAUUAUACCCCUUUGAAGCAAGGAGCCAUGAUGAGAUGAGUUUUAAUUCUGGGGAUAUAAUACAGGUUGAUGAAAAAACCACAGGAGAACCUGGUUGGCUCUAUGGUAGUUUUCAAGGAAAUUUUGGCUGGUUUCCAUGCAACUAUGUAGAAAAAAUGCUGUCAAGUGAGAAGACUUUGUCUCCUAAGAAGGCUUUACUUCCUCCUACAGUAUCUUUAUCUGCUACCUCAACUUCCUCUGAACCACUUUCUUCAAAUCAACCAGCAUCAGUGACUGAUUAUCAAAAUGUAUCUUUUUCAAACCUAACUGUUAAUUCAUCAUGGCAAAAAAAAUCAGCUUUUACUCGUACUGUGUCCCCUGGAUCUAUAUCACCUAUUCACGGACAGGGACAAGUUGUAGAAAACCUCAAAGCACAGGCCCUUUGCUCUUGGACGGCAAAGAAAGAUAACCACUUGAACUUCUCGAAACAUGAUAUCAUAACUGUCUUGGAACAGCAAGAAAAUUGGUGGUUUGGGGAAGUGCAUGGAGGAAGAGGAUGGUUUCCAAAAUCUUAUGUCAAGAUCAUCCCUGGAAGUGAAGUCAAGCGAGAAGAACCAGAAGCUGUGUAUGCAUCUGUAAACAAGAAACCUACCUCUGCAGCUUAUACAGUUGGAGAAGAGUAUAUUGCACUUUAUCCAUAUUCAAGUGUAGAACCUGGAGAUUUGACUUUCACUGAAGGUGAAGAAAUAUUGGUGACCCAAAAAGAGGGAGAAUGGUGGACAGGAAGUAUUGGAGAAAGAACUGGAAUUUUUCCAUCAAAUUAUGUCAAACCAAAAGAUCAAGAGAGUUUUGGGAAUGCUAACAAAUCUGGAACAUCAGGCAAAAAACCUGAGAUUGCUCAAGUAACUUCAGCGUAUGUGGCUUCCGGUUCUGAACAACUUAGCCUUGCACCAGGGCAGUUAAUAUUAAUUCUAAAGAAAAAUGCAAGUGGGUGGUGGCAAGGGGAGUUACAGGCCAGAGGAAAAAAGAGACAGAAGGGAUGGUUUCCUGCCAGCCAUGUUAAACUUCUGGGUCCAAGUAGUGAAAGAACUAUACCUGCCUUUCAUUCUGUGUGUCAGGUGAUCGCUAUGUAUGAUUAUGUGGCGAAUAAUGAAGAUGAGCUUAAUUUCUCCAAGGGACAACUUAUUAAUGUUUUGAACAAAGAUGAUCCUGACUGGUGGCAAGGAGAAAUCAAUGGUGUGACUGGUCUUUUUCCUUCAAACUAUGUUAAGAUGACGACAGACUCAGAUCCAAGUCAACAGUGACUCACUGUGUCUUCCAGUGUGAAAGCACCCCAGAGACCCACUAUCCAAGUUUGACUGUAGCGUGGAGGCAGGGCAGGCAGCCCUGAUCAAAUAUCUCCUACACAAUUCAUUUACUUCGUUCGAAUGUUAGAACCACUUGUGAUUAUUUCUUUGUGUUUCUAAUUUAUUGUUUAAAUUUAUUUGUAACAAGUUAAAGGAUAGUGGGUCUUUGUGUGGCUUUCCCUGAUGAUCACUUUGGCAUCCUUUAGCAUUUUUCUUCUUUUUUUAUUUGGUAAUUGUAGGUCAUUAGCAUGCAUAUUGAGUUUGCCUGUACAUGGUGGGAAUUCAAACACACAAAGACCCACUAUUUGCACAGACUGUUCUAGUUUGGAAUGGGCUGCCAUGCUUUUCUAAUGUUAUUGCAAACUGCAUACUCAUUACAGAAUUCAGAUAAAAUUUGCUUAAGUUUUGCUGUUAUCUUUGAUCUAAUCCUAAUCACAGUGAGCUCUUAGUUGGCUCAAUAUGUGAUUUGCCCCCAAAUAUGCAUUGUUUACUCUAUUACUUUCUAAUAUGCCACUAUGAGUAGAUUUGUUUAAAGGCCAAGAGCUGGAAAUAACCUUGUCUCUAUUUUCUGUGUUUGUGGUGGUGGGAACUUUUCUUAUCUCACAGAAAAGGAAAGUGUCCUACUCUGGUGGGUAUUUGUCAGCAAGGGAAAUGUUUAAUUCAUUUGACUGUCCAAGAAAGAGUACUCUACUAUGGUAGUUCCCUUAGGAUCUUUAAGUGCUCUCGGCUAGUGAAGAUGCCGCGUUCUUUAUUGGUGAUCUAAAAUGAAUUUUUUUUUUUGAGGAAUGAAAGGCUCCCAUGGUUGACCAUGAGAUGUGAAACCUUCCCUUCCUUAGACAGAGUAUUUACAUCUAUAAUACAUUUUAAAGUCAGAGUUCAUAUUACACUAAUUUAGUCAGGUGACUACAUGUCCCAGGUCACAAAAGGAUAAUGGUUGGCAUUCCUUUUCACAGCUCACAAGGAAUCCUUGUGAGUUUAAAUGCCCCUGAAGCAGGAACACCAGCUGUAGUCGAGAAUGAAUUAGAGCAAAGGAAAGAUGUGUGAGAGCUGGCAUUCCUCUAUGUCCACGAAGCUUCUUUGAGGCUAGAAGAUUGAUUUUACCACCCUGAGUUCUCUGGCUAUUAUCUGUUCUUCAAUUACAUUGACUGUUUUGGCAUAGGAUUUUACUUCUUUUCCUUGAAUGGAAAACACUUUAAAGAUAAUAAACAUCAUUUUAAACUAGUAAAUGAGAGUGUACUUAACUGAAGCAAAAAGGAGUUUUAAGAGACAGUAUUAAACUAUAUUUGAAGAAUCAAUGAGAAGUUUAUGCAAUUGAAAUGUUUACAAACUGCAGUGCAAUCUACUGUUUAUGAAUGUCAAAGUAUUAUUAUCAGGAACAGUGUACAUACAAUCACAGAGUCUUAUUUCCUCACAUAGUUCUUUCAGAAGAAAUUUUUUGAUACCUCCGAUUUUAAGUUAGAGGCAUAUUUUGUGCAAUAUUUAUGUUAAUGUGCCUAAAUGUUAUGAAUAAAUUAUUUCAGUCAUACUUUGCCUAAAUCUUAACUUUAUAACUCUUGAGAAAGAAUCAACAGUUUAGUUAAAACAUCAUGAAGUUCAAAUGUCUGUAUUCCAAAACGCUUCACAUUAUUGGGAUGUAUGGUGAUACAUAUGUGUGCUUCCUGGGGUGGGAAUUUCUAAUUAUUAGACCAUCUCAAUUUUUAGCAUUUGACAUCAUCAUGAUACUUUAAUAAAAUAUGACAUCAGUAGGAAAGCAAUAAUAUCAUUUACAGGUGAAACAACAGAUUUGCCUGCAGUCAUUAGAGGAGACAGUGCUAAAAUUAUGUCCUUGUAAAUUCAAAUGAAUCUUCUAAUUUCUGUAGAUUUCCUAUUCUUGCCUUGUAUUUUCUGAACUUUCUGCUUUUGCCCCUUUCAAUUGAGUUCAGAUUAAGUACAGAUACUUUAAAUCCAUUUUAAACCCAGUGAUUAGACAGCGAACCACUGUUAAUUAGCCACAUAAUAUUGCAUAACAUUUUUUUCUUUGUAAUUUUGAAUUUGGAUUUAUCUAAUACACUGACAGAUUAUUUCAAAGGUAUUUUUAUAGUUGAAAUGCUUCCCUUUUACACCGAUAAAUGUAAAUUGUUAAGGAUGACAAUUUUUAGAGCUUAACAUCUAUAAUCAAUUUGAAAAUAAUGUGUUCAUCAGGUACCUAUGGAUUAAAACACAUACCAGCAUAUUUAAGCUGAAUGUUGGUAUGGAAAAUAAAUUUACUGUAUUUACUGAAAUACCACUCUUGGUGUAGGUAUUUUGUCAUAUAUUUGAGAGCUAAAAAGAGGAAAUUGUAUGACACAUAAUAACAAGUCUUUCGUAAAAAUGCAUGCAAUCCUUUGCAAUACCUCAUAUCCAGCCACGUGUUUGUUCUCUUCCUCAUUCAGCAUGAAUGGCAGCUUUAAGUUUGCUUAGAAAACAUUAGAACGAAGGACUAUAUCAGGAACUUAGAAUUUUAAAUGGGAGCAAAAUUGAUUAAAUCUGAACCCUGUAGGAGGUAAAGAAUCAAAAUUCUUGUUGAUUUAAAAAUUGCAAUAUGUGUAUAAUCAUUUUUAAAGCAUGCGAUUAAACCUGAUGGGUUUUUCCAGCAAUGAAAAAACUAGUUGUGAAACCAAAGCUGAUUUUUAGAAAAUUUGAAGUUUUAAACCAACCCUAUCCAUUGUCUAGUUUCUCUAAAACUUUAUCUUAAAAAUUCAUUUUAAAUAAAACAACUAUUUAAAAAAUUAAGUGCUAUUUAAAAAUUUUUAAAUACAAUAUAAUACUGAUAGGUUAAAAUAAAGAAACUGGGAGAAGUAGAGAAAGAGAUGCCAAUUCCAGUCCAAAGCUUUAAUUGCCAAGUUUUCUUAGAAUGAAUUUUACAAAGUUAUAAAUUCUUGUGAAUAGAAUCUAUAAUGGAAAUGCUGAGAGAUUCUUGUCUAAAGUGGCAUUAUUAGAUGCUGCUGUGAUGUAAUAAAUUAUUAAAUUGUUGCAAAAUGCUGUUUUUCGCCUUAAAUUUUUAUUUUGUGUGUCUUGAAAACUAUAGUAUUAAAGGUAUUGAGUUUGUGCAACUGCUGGGCACGCUUGGCAUGAGAUAAUUUGUUUUAUUUUUACAAAAUUGUAAUAUUAACUAUGCAAGUGUGUUUAUUAAAAGGACACAAAACUA